CUAGAAAUCAUCCCUGAGCAAGCUGAAGCUCGCUUCCCAAACUAAACAUGUUCUCCCGGUUCAGUUUGGUGAAGAACGUAUAAAAACGUUAUUUCAGCCUAAUAUCGGAGCAUUACACGCGCACGCCGCCAUGUUUAUGCGAGACGACACAUAGCGGGCUACUUUUUAUUUGCCCCCUCCUCUUAUCUUCAACGCGGAACUAAACUCACGAGUCAAACAUGUCUGCUUCUGGUUGCUCCUACAAACCCGUGAGCCAUGUCAUUUUCGAUAUGGAUGGACUAUUAUUAGACACAGAGCGACUGUACACUGUGUCCUUCCAGGAAAUCUGUGACCGCUUCGGAAAGCAGUACACCUGGGACUUGAAGGCGUCAGUCAUGGGGAAAAAGGCUCUGGAUGGGGCCCGAAUGAUUCGGGACGCUCUGGAGCUUCCCAUGACAGCCGAGGAACUCCUCGCUGAAACCAGACUCAUACAAGACGGGAUCUUCCCCUCGGCCAAACUCCUGCCAGGUGUGGAGAAACUGGUGCUCCAUCUCCAGAAGCACAGUAUCCCCAUCGCAGUGGCCACCAGCUCGGCCGGCGCGACCUUCAAGUUGAAGACGAGCCAACACAAAGACUUCUUCGGCCUGUUUGACCACAUUGUUCUGGGCGACGAUCCCGAGGUGAAGAACAGCAAACCUCAACCCGACUCCUUCCUGGUCUGUGCCAGGAGAUUCAACCCUCCGGCUUCUCCAGAGAAGUGCUUGGUGUUUGAAGAUGCUCCCAUGGGCGUGAAGGCGGCUCUGGCUGCAGGGAUGCAGGUGGUGAUGAUUCCCGACGACAACCUGGACCCCGGCCUCACCCGGGAGGCCACGCUGCGACUUGGGAGCAUGGAGAAGUUUGAGCCGCAGCUCUUUGACCUGCCGGCGUUCGACUGAGCCCAAAUCCACAAAUGAUGACCGGGCAGAUGGAUUACCGGCAUACCUGAACAUGUCUGUGGACAUGUUAUGUGUCAAAUGACACACGUACACCUUUGAGCUUUUUAAAUGUCUGCCUCCUACAUGUCUGGACCAUCCCGAUACGAGGGAGGUGGAAAGCAAUUCAUUUCUGCUACUCAAUAUAUUAGAAAUUGUUCAGAAACCAGUCCCAUAGUUAAAUAUAUAAAUACCAUGUGUUGGAUGUCAAUCAAAAGACAUGUUCUGGUCAAAGCAGGAAGCUCUUGAACACACACUGUAGAUAAGUCAGAAUGGUGUCUCUGAGCCUCUGUCCUUGUUCCACAUUGUGUCUUAUUGAAAUGCCACAGACUCCUCAGUGUAAUCCCGUCCUCACCCUUUCAUGUCUGCCUUUUCACUUAGUGCAACUCACGUGUCCCCCGUCCUCUGGCCAAGCAGACUUCUACCAUCAGGCUGCUGAAAUAGGAUUUCACUGCACUCCCAUUCCCCUUCCCCUCCAUGGCUUCCUGGCCUUUCAUCCUCAAGGAGGGGGUAAAACAUGGUUUAUUUGUGUGAUUGUAGUGUUAAAGUGGACGACUGUUUUCCUUUAGGUUCUAAUUACAGGCUGCCUGAAGAUGACGCUGGGUUAGAUACUAAAAGGACUUCAUCCACACCGUGUAACAUCAUCUUUUCCAUGUGCAAAUGUGGAUUACUUUAUCAAAAUAAAGAAAUCCAGAACACAAA